AUGCCGUUCGAAAUAGCCCGAGAGUGGUCGUCGUAUCAUCUGAUACCCCAAUCAGUCGAUGUCGCCUUGAAUCCACCCGAAUCCUACUUCUUCGUAACCGACUUCCUGAUCAUAGCCUGCGGUAUACUCUAUACGCUCUGCUACAUCUUCUACACCAUCCGAACCUACUCGGACCGUUACCUAGCUGGUACUGUACAGUUUCUUUCCGCGACCAUGGCGUACGAGAUAUACUACGCGUAUAUUUGCACCACCACUACAUUCCAGAGAGCUUGCUUCUUUGUGUGGUUCUUGUUCGAUAUUACAUUCGUCACUGUAGCGCUCAAGUAUGCGUACAAGCCUGAGGAGAGGAGGAGAACGAUCAUGAAGCUGUUGUGGCAGGUGCCGGCUUGGAUGGCCUUUUUGUGGUGGGUUGGGACGGUGUGGCCGGAUGAGAGGGAGCAAAAGACGGCGUUCUUCACGGGGUUGUAUCUGGAAUUGCCGAUUGGUUGGGGACAGAUUUUGUAUUUGGUUCAGCGACAGGAUACCAAAGGGCAGAGUCUGGAGAUUUGGAUUACGAGAUAUCUUGGGUGCAUUACGGCGUUUCUGGUGUUCAUAUGGAGAUAUGUCAACGUACCGGAGAACUGGUCAUAUGUCGGCAACUGGUGGAGUAUCGGUGGCAUGAUCGUCACGCUGCUGCCAGAGACAGUGUAUCCGUUCUUUUACGUCUGGGCGCAUCGGAAAGAGAGGGAAAACACAAGAAAGAAGAAUGCGUGA